UAAAAUGUCAAAUCAAAUUGUCAAAAAAUGUUAUGAUUUAUGAUUGAGGUUAGAACUUAUUUUAGAACAUUUAUUUAAUUUAUAGUUACGUCAAUUUUUAAAUGAAAUUAUUAUGAAUAAUAUAAUAAAUACGGACUACUUUGUUUGGCUCCGCAAAUAAGUUCAACUAAUAUACAUGUAUCAAAUGAAGGAAUAGCUGAAAUCAUUGAAUACUGGAAUGAUAUAAAAAUGUAUAGAAGUUUAUUGUUUAAAAGGUUACCAUUGAAACACAUUAGAAAUGAAUGCAUUUCCCAAUUGUCAGAAAGCACCACAUUUUGUUAUGACUUCAAGAAGUGGAAAAGAUGCAUUUCUAUCUCCAGUGUUUGUUAUAAAAAAAGAAAAUCUGUUGAAGAAAGGGCCAUAGAGAAUCAAGGCAGAAGAGUGAUAAGAUAUUCACCCAAGGCAGGCUCUGAGGUUGUAGGGAUAUGGCGGAAUAUGACAGUGCAGGAAAUAGCUGAUGUUCUGAACAAAGAUGUGGAUCACGUGUUCAAUGCAUUAGAGUUUGCAGACAAAAACUCUGAUGUGAAUUAUAAAAAAGAUACAAUCAUACAUAAUCCACAGAUAAUAAGAGAUAUUGUUAAAAUAUCAGGCUGCAGAUUUAAAAUUGUUGCGAGACCGGAUGUUGAAGAAAAGCAAGAGGAGAACAAAGACGCGGUGCCGUCUCCCCCCGCGCCGCCCGAGUCGCUGCGUCCGCGGCCGCCGGUCGUGUGCGUGAUGGGCCACGUGGACCACGGGAAGACCACCCUGCUGGACGCGCUCAGGGACACCGCAGUCGUCGACACUGAGUUUGGUGGCAUCACUCAACACAUUGGCGCUUUUGAAGUGAAACUACCAACCGGAGAGAAGGUGACGUUCCUAGACACGCCUGGACACGCGGCGUUCACUGCCAUGCGCUCGCGGGGAGCGCGCGCCACCGACAUCGUGGUGCUGGUGGUGGCGGCCGACGACGGCGUCAUGGAGCAGACCGUCGAGUCCAUCCGCAUGGCCAGGGAGGCGGACGUUCCUAUAUUGGUGGCGAUCAACAAAAUCGACAAGCCAGGUGUGAACAUUGAAAAGACAAUGCGUUCGUUAGCCAAACACGGUAUAGUGUGCGAGGCUUUGGGGGGUGACAUACAGGCUAUAGCUGUGUCGGCGCUCAAGAAGUUGCACUUGGAGACGUUGGUGGAAGCCCUCACCCUGCAGGCACAACUCAUGGACCUGAAGGCGGACCCGGGGGGUUACGUCGAGGGUGUGGUUAUAGAAGCCUUGGUUGAUCCUAAAACUGGGAAGCAAGCCACAGUGUUGGUACAGCGUGGCACUUUACGGAAGGGCUGCAUCAUUGUCGCGGGCACCGGUUGGGCCAAGGUGAGAGUGCUGAACACGGCAGAGGGCGCGUCGGUGCAGGAGGCGCCGCCAUCCACGCCCGUGUCGGUGCUCGGCUGGCGGGAGAUGCCCUCCGCUGGCGACCACGUGCUGGAGGUAGACUCUGAGAAACGCGCCAACGAAGUGAUGCGCUGGCGCCACAACCAGCGCAUGAAGGAGAAGCAGGCGGCCGACUGGGAGGUCAUCGCCAGCAAGGAGAGCGAGCACCGCGCGCACUACCGCCAGCAGCUGGCGCACAAGCGCGCGCUGGGCCGCUACCGCAUCAAGCCCAGCGGCCCGCGCCAGAAGAUGAUCCAACAGGACACGCACCCCACGCUCAGCGUGCUGGUCAAAGGUGACGUGGACGGUUCCGUGGAGGCCAUCCUCGACAUCUUGGAGACGUACGACGAGCACGAGCGAGUCAAGUUGGAGCUCGUGCACUUCGGCGUCGGACAAGUCACGCCCAGCGAUAUAGAGAUAGCGCAAGCAUUCAACGCAGUGAUAUACGCCUUCAACGUGGAGGUGCCGCCCGCGCUGGCCGUGGACGCGAGGAAGGCGGACAUCCCCAUCAAGAGGCACAACGUCAUCUACAAGCUGGUGGACGACAUCAAGCAGGAGCUCAGCGCCAGGAUACCCUCGCGACAAGAAGAGGAACUUAUCGGUGAGGCGAAUGUUCUUCAGCAAUUCCAAGUGUCGGAGGGUAGGAAGAAGGUUCCGGUGGCGGGGUGCCGCUGCGUCAAAGGUUCUUUAGCGAGAAACGCGCUUUAUAAAGUCAUACGCGGACAGGAGGUUGUUUAUGAGGGUAAGCUGGCGUCAAUGAAACACCUCAAGGAUGAAGUGAACACGAUAAAAUGCGACAUGGAGUGCGGCCUGAGGUUCGACGACGCAGCGUUCGAGGUGCGGCCCGGGGACACCGUGGUGUGUUACAAGAUGGUCGACGUCACUGAUGCCACCGCUUGGGACCCCGGCUUUUAGUACUUAGCCAAGCUUUAAAUAUUAUAAUAAACGUAUGCUAGAUAGA